CAUCCAACCAACCGCGCUGCCAAACCACCCAACCAACAAAGCCAAAAACCGUACCGAAACCAAAUCACCACCACCAUUACGAAACCCUCCUCUAUCGACUAACUUAUCCAUCCGAUUGCCGGCCGUGGUCGUCCGCCCCUCUUCUCUACUCGACUCUCCUCCUUCAUCUUCUUGACCAUUGUAUUCAUGCUCUCUUCGACGGCAUUGCCUGGUAUCUUUCAUGAUAGACUAUUAACAUCCCUCUGUGUGCCUCCCAUUGUGUUUUUGCUCGCAAUCGUCUCAAUUCUGUCGCCUGCGGCCGUCGAUCGACCAUUACGAUAAACAGUGUCGAUUCCCAAAUCGUCAUCGCCUCGCUUACUGCUUUGCUAUCUACUCUCUUCUGUUGCGAGCUUCUUGGCGAUUCGUACCUGGACUUGUCGAUCGAUACAUUCUUCCAUUGCCAUUACCCAUUGCCCAUUGCGUCGCGGCGGCAUCGACGAUAUUGUACGUUCGGGACCAAGUCUUUACUUGACCUGUCAUAUACACAACUUCCUCACCCCAACUCAAUUCUCUGGGAUCCAUCAUCCCGCAAUCUCCAUCCCACCACCCUCAUUCCACCCAGCGAUCGCUGUGGCUUAUUUCCCUGCGCUCUGUCUCAUAUCCUGAGCCCAGGCAUGUGCGACGGUUGCCCGCUGCCUGCCCAUUUGCAGCAAUAACACAUCCGCGUGUGUCUUGUCUAUACUUGCAUCUGUUUCCAAGAAUCCGUUUGAUUACUGUCUCCCCCAAAGGUCUUGAGGCUGAGUCGGAGAGGAAAUUGCAUUUCUAGUCUGAAAACGGCCUCGAAAUACUGUCUGACUGUCCCAUCAAAUUACUAGACACCCCAUCUGGGCCAUAUUUUUGUAUAACAUACUGCUUUUGAACCCGCCCAGUCCCCCAUUCGAUAACGCCAGCCGGAACUGUUUCUUGCCAUUACAUCCUAGCUGUCCAACAUACAUAAGCUACAUAUCUACCCCCCUUCGUUGAUAUGACUACCGUCGCUCUCGCUCGACCAAUUCCGCCUCAUCGUCCUUCGUCUACCAUAACUCCGCCACUCUCCCUUGAAUCUAGCUCUAGUUCUACUUCGCCAUGCUCAGUCCCAGUCCCCAAUAAGCAUCUUCCCAUAUGUCCUACUGGACCUGCUCGGCCAGACGAGCCUGAUACUCCACCGCCAUCACCGCCGUCUCAAGACCAGCUGCAACAAACCUCAGCUUUGUAUCCGCUUGACGGCUUCAAAAGACUCGAGUCGGGCGAGCUUUCUAUUUAUGAGCUUGAUGCAUCCAGCGUUGCCCAGGCCCUCGAUGUUGCUUCACGACAACCGCUGCCCGACCCGGCUCUGGUUUUCCCAUGGUUUCAUGGUCUACACCCGCAGAACCAUGUUCAGCAGUCCUUCUUUGCUACUCGACGGCGGCCUCUUCGCCGCACCCCCUCUUGUCUGAGAUCUGUCACUCUUGUCAAAGCUGACGGAGAUGUAAACUGUGCGCGGCUGAAGGGGGCGGUUGCUCCGAACGAGAUCGUUCAAGCAAACGAGCCCACAGAGUUUAUUGAUGCGGAUCCUCGGGAGGGGUUUUCCGUGAGGAAUUUCCAAAUCCAGACCGUAAAAACCGCUGUUUUGUCGGACAUAAUCGUCUAUGGUGCAGAUUUGAUCAAAACUCGUAAAGUCGCGUGGGAUAUUGCGAGUGCACAGAAGCGGUGGCGCGAAAGAAAUGAGGGUCAAGGUGUUUGGAUGCCCGAGUAUCAUACUUUUGUUUGCACAAGCCCAUUCUCAGACUUCGAAGAGAAUCACCCGGAAAUAGUGGCCGUAGACGCCUCGAGCCACUUGACAGGCAAUGUCCUUGAUUUCUUCAACCAGGAGAGACGAGAGAUGUGGGCCAUGACAGAGGCGUCCGAGUUUUCCAAAAAUGUCUUCAUGGGCCCUACGCCUGAGCAAGGAAGCCCUGAGGAGCAGAAAUACGACAUUCUGAUUGAGUGCAGCGAUCUUGGUCGGCUGAAUCCAUUGGCUCUCCAGCUCAUUGCCGAAAGCCCUGGUGAUGACAACAAGCAGCGGUUCCUUGAUUUCCCAUCGUCCGGAAGUAUUCUCCCACCGACCUGGUCACAUUCCGAAGCCGAUGGUAUCCUGGAAACAUGCAAAUGGAUCUACCAUCUUGCCCACGGCUCAUAUCCCGACCCUGAAUCAGCAUUGGAUACAGAUGAUCUGGACGCCGAGGGAGACUCGCCUAUGCCCUCAGACCAGCAACCUAUGUUUGACGUCAAGCCCCGCAAGAUCUUACUCCAUUGCGCCGAUGGCUAUACUGAGUCGACUAUGUUGAGCAUCGCGUACUUUAGCUACAGUACAGGAUGGCCUGUUCCUGAAGCAUGGCUAAAACUCCAUACUGAAAAGAAGCGGAAUUUCUUCGCUUAUCCCACCGAUGUCGCACUUUUAACCUCAAUCACACCACGACUACUCCGGGAGUCUCCUGUUUGCAAGGGCCUGAGCCUGACUGACAUCACUCAUUUGACCAGGGAUGAGCCGAGCUGGUUUGCUGCCCUGGAUGGAUCAUUCCCAAGCCGAGUCUUGGAUUAUAUGUACCUGGGUAAUUUGGGCCAUGCUAAUAAUCCUGAUCUCCUACGGGCCCUUGGCAUCACUCAGAUCCUGAGUGUGGGCGAGACAGCCAUGUGGCGAGAGGGAGACCUUGAGGACUGGGGUAAGGAGAAUGUCUGCGUGGUCCAGGGCGUUCAAGACAAUGGCAUUGAUCCGUUGACUGAGGAAUUCACUCGAUGUCUCGAGUUUAUUGAUCGGGGUCGUCGAAAUGGCACUGCAACAUUGGUGCACUGCCGCGUAGGAGUUUCCCGAAGCGCUACUGUCUGUAUUGCUGAAGUGAUGCGAUCGAAACAGAUGUCUUUCCCUCACGCUUAUUGCUAUGUCAGAGCCCGACGCUUGAACGUAAUCAUUCAACCACAUCUUCGAUUUGCCUACGAACUGUUGAAGUACGAGGAGGUGCUCCAGCAGGACGGUGAUCCAGACGCCGAAGUCAAACGAACCUUGGAGUGGGCAGAGAUUGCACGGGAGAUCGCACUCAUGAACCGACCAUAUUCUCGAUAAAGCUGCAUUGUUGGUGCAUCCAGCAGUUUUCCAGUAUGUCUUUUGGUCGAGGGGUUGCCACAUAGUCAUAGGAACUAUAUGAACCAGCUCCUGAAACUUUGUCGAUUCAUUUCGUGCGUAUCCGGAGUGCCUUGGCGGAAUAGUUAAACCUGGGCAUACUGGUCUCUGACAGACUGCGUUUUGGCAUGAAAGAAUGAUCGGAGAUUGGGAAUGGGAUCGGCACUCGUUGGUCCUGGACAAAGAUGGGAAACCCUCAAAGGGUUGUUCUUGUUGGCGUUGCUUGGUAGCUGAGUUGCUUUAUUAUCUGGCUUGUACCUGGGUUUGUGUCUUGGUAUCUGUUCGUUUUUUGGUCACACGGAAAUUUUGGAUUUACUGGAUACAAUGAUGAACGACAAUGGGUUACGAUUGCUUUUGGUUGCUUUGAAUGAAUGUACAUAUGCUCCUUCUUUGCCUUCUACGUACGUACAUACGGUGAAAUGUAUGUAGAGAUAAUCAAUAAGUUUGGCUAAGAUGUAAUGUUGAAGCUGCAAUCUCCAG